GUGUCCAAAUAAGACAGGAGGCCGGUUGUCGUUGGCUGUAGGAUAUGGCCUGUAACUCAGAAACUAUGCACCGUAGAAUUUUGCAAGUGGAGAAUAUGAUAUUUCAAGAGGAGCUACUCGAGCUUAGCACUAAUGAGAAGCUGAAAGUGACAUUUAAAAGAGGGUAUCAAAAAUUUUGGCUUCAGGCAGAAAUACCCGAAAAAUAUCCUGGACUGUGGGGAAUUGUGCAGAAGCUUCUAAUAGCGUUUCCCUCGACAUAUUUCGUCAAAAAAAGUUUUAGUGCCGUUACAAACUUAUUAACAAAAAAAAGGAGCAGAUUGAAUAUCACAGAAAGGAGAGAUGUACGGUUAUUCCUUACAAAACUCAAGCCAAAUAUUGAUAAUUUGCUGUCAAUCCAUCAAGUACAUCCCUCUCAUUAAAAUUAUAUAUUUUUUUAAUUACCAUUGUAGAAAUUACAUUACGUUAUAAGUGUAACAAUUUAUAUAUUUAAAUCUAAAUAAAUACCUACAACACAAGGAAAUAUACUAUAUUUCCUUUUACCACUCCGAAUGGGACGUUUUCUAAAUAAAAUUUGUGAGAAUUGAUUGGUUCUUGAGCUGUAAGUCACUGUAGAUUUUAAAAAAGUAAAGUUGGAUGGAGUCACUUUUUCGUUUGGCCAAUUUUGCUUUUUUGACAUCCAUUCACAGAACAAUCAAUUAAAAUUUAAUUGAAAAUUUGUUUAGUCGACUUUAUUAUCAAAUA